AUGAUGAUGACCUUGGCCCACGUGCCGCAGCUUAAAGUAGUAUUAGGACGAGGACGAGGAGGAGGGGACCUAAGAAUUCGGCGCACACUAGAACUGGCAUCCUGCCCCGCCGGUGUCUGGCGCACGACCGGGCCAAGCCUCCCGUCCGCGCAUCAACGGCCAGCCAAUCAUGCAGAUGCAGGUAUGGAUUGGGGUAGCAAUUUAGGCCCAGCUAGGCAGAGAGUAUCCCACCCCACCACCACCGUAAUAAUCGUCCGUCCCAUAAUCAUCAUCAGCACCAUCAUCAUCACCUCCCGUAGACUGUGCUAUGCACGCGCGUACACAUCUGUAUGCAACAACAAGAACAACAACACCGGAGAUCCGGAGGUUGCCAUGCAUGCCGAUUUACAAUGCCUACUCUACAACGCCCCGAGUCCGGUCGGCGGGCGGCUGGGGAAAGGGAGGGAAGCGAGAAAGCGGGGCUGGAAGGGUAGGGAAGGGAAGGGUCUGUAG